AUGGCGAUGUAUGUGCAGGUCAAUCCGGUGAGCAGCUGGCCUUGCGUCUACAGGCCACCAGCGCAGUCACUGCAGUCCAGGGUCGCAGGCGCUUCCCAGUUUGGAGCUGCGCGCAGCGGAGGCAGCGGAGCGCCACCCAGCGGAGAAGCCGUCGUCACCAUCACUGCUGCUACCUUGGUUGGUCGGUCAAGACGAGUAAAAUCGAUUCUCAGAAGGCGAGUACGCGACGGAAAUGCCCGAAAUGGUGCCCUUGGUGCAGCCGGCGAGCAGCACGUGCGCACAAGCGGUUUAGCCACCAGUGUGGAGGAGCCAGACGUGGAAGAAAGCUCCACCGAUGAGGAAGAUGAGGAUGAUGACGGUGACGACUCAGACAUCCAGGUCCGCCCCAAGAUGGAGUUGGAUCGAGUCCUUCCGGAAGAUAAACUUCGGGAGGAAUGGGUGAUGCCGCCUCUGAGACCCAAGGGUAAGCGCAGCAUCCGACCCAAGAGUAUGAAGCGCGUGGAGUGGGAUCAAGAGGAUCACGUCAGAGACUUUGGUCAUAACCCUUGGAGCUCAUUUGCUUUGGCACCUGCGGCUGAAAAGGAGUUGGUCGCCAAGUCAUGGGCCAAUGACGCCCGUCGGAAAGCCAACGAGCGCACCAGCGAGGAGCGCGGACGGCACCGCAUUGGCGACGACGUUGGCACCGGGCCCUCGCACGUGGCGUAUGUGGAGAUCCGGGAGAGGUGGGACGGUCCGGAGUUCGAGGCCGUGAACAUCAUCGUGGCUGAACACCUGGGCAUCACUCCCGAGAAGGCUUCGCGCCUGGUAGAGCUGGGUGCGGUGUGGUACUACGACAACUUCGAAAUCGGGGACUGGGUGCGUAUCAUGAAGCCACAGCAGGUCUCCGUUGGCACGGUGCUGCGAGUCUUUCCCAACCCCGAACGCUACAAGACCUGCUACGUGGAUGACUGGGACGAGCGCAUCAAGAAAGUCGACCGGGACUUCGUGGUGAUUGACAAGCCGCCUUUGCUGCCGUGCUUUGCGCACGUGACGAACGGCAAGGAAGUGCUCCAUCGUUGUUUGGCGGAUGCCCUGCGUGUGAAAAAAGUUCAAGAAGUUGAACUUGGCAUGGACGACACCAACAUGACCGCCAUGACACACAUCGAUGAUGAGGUUGGCCACGCAGUGUUUGCAUGGUCUAAGCUAGAAAGCCUGACUGGCUCCCCUUCGCCUCAGCCGCUAAGGAUCGAUCUGAUCUUGCUGCGGGUCCAGUGGCCUCCAAAGUUCGUACAGGCAAAAGAGGAUACAGAUCCAGAGCAAAGCAAUGCCGCAUAG